AUGGUGAUCAAGGCGACAUUGCUGUCGCUCAUCCUGCCCGCAGUGGUCGCGUUCGGACCGAAUAACCACACUCAACCCAACAACCAAACGGCUUGCUUAACUUCAGAAGCUUCCAUAAACGGCACAAUUCCAUCCAACGACACAAUUCCUAUCAACGGUACCUUUCCUAACGGUACUUUCCCCGAAGACAAUACGCCAUGGGUUCCGACAUGCAAGCUGCCCAGGAAUGAUUUUGCGUGGUUGGGUGUUGGACAUGGCUUUAUGCCAGAUUGCGUCUCUAGCAAGGGCACUAUCCAAGGCUAUAUGAUCUUCGUCGACUUUUCCGAUGCAGAGGCCUUGGAAGGAGAGACUCCGAAGGACAAUUACGAUUUCCUGGUUCCCGAUGCCAAUAAGUGGUUCCAAGAAACCAGCUUUAAUCAGCUUCAACUCAACAUCACUGCCGAUACCUCCAAGUUCUAUCGCAUGCCACACUCCGCAGAAUCAUAUAACUGGGACGCUGGUUUGAGUAACCAGCAGCACUACAGCUAUAUUGAGGAUGCACUAGAUGCAUAUAUGAACGAUAGUGCAAAUUCAGCCCCAGCAAAAACAGAUGUCCUGUACAUCGUACCUACACGAAACGCGGCGUGGCUCAGUCGCUCUAUGGCCAGUUCCUUCGCUGCCUUCACUCGAGAUAACCAGCAAAUAUCUAACAGAGCUGUUACUUUCGGCGUCGACCCUUACAAUAACUGGGGAUAUAAAGCUCUCAACCAUGAGACUGGUCACACUAUGUGUCUGCCCGAUCUAUACCCCAUUGAUUCUAACUUUCCUACCGGCGAAUUCGUCGGUGGCUGGAGUCUUAUGGGGAAUGUUGGAGGAAUUGCCCCCGAUUACUUCGCAUGGGAUAAGUGGAGACUGGGUUGGUUACUUGAUGAAGACAUCGACUGCGUUCUCGAGCAUGGUACCACCAGACAUACCCUGACGCCCGUUGAGAAUGCUGGAGGCACCAAGGCCGUGGUUUUCGCAGUUAACAAGACGUCGGCUCUUGUUGCUGAAGCCCGUGUGGCCAAGGGUACGGAUUCAAAAAUUUGUGCUCCUGGUGUUCUUCUGUAUACAAUUGAUACGACUCUCGCCACGGGAAUGGGUCCUAUUCGUGUUCUCGAUGCAACCCCUGGGUCUGAUAGUUGUGGCAGUGAGGUUAGCGGCUGGGAGCCGAUGAAUGAUGCGACACUUUCUUUGGAUGGGAUAAAGUCGUAUGAAGUAGCUGGAUGGGGUAUUAAGGUCACUUUGGUUAGCAGAGAGGAUGAUAAGUAUAUGAUUGAGGUGGAAUACUGA